AGAAUGGGACAAGAAUCAGAUCACAAAACCCAGUUAGUGUUGGAGAUUUGCUCCAUUUCCACACGUUCACUUGGCUGUGUUCAUACACUUCUCUCAAACCACCCUUCUAAGCCACCUUUCAUAGAUUGGUAUUGCAUUCUUGGAGUGGAAGAAAAUGCAGGGUUGGUCACCAUCCGCCAGCAAUACCAUAAACUUGCCCUGCAACUUCAUCCGGACAAGAACAAACAUCCAAAGGCUGAAAUUGCUUUCAAACUUAUAUCUGAGGCAUAUAUGUGUCUGUCUGAUGCUGCAAAAAGGAAAGGUUUUGACUCAAAAAGAUCUAAAAAUUUCUGCUUUGAGUGCAAUAGAAUUCCAUGUACAUCUAAAAAGGUCCCUUUCCCUGGCAAUUCCAAUGGGUCGACACGAUCUUACAAAGUUCGGAGAAAUAUUAAAGAGAUGAGAGAAAUGUUAAAGGAGGAGGCUAAGGUUAUAGAGAAGUGUCUGCGAGCAAAUUUAAUGUCAAAGAAAGAGUCUCCACUGUACAAUCCUGCAGAUUACAGACAUGGAAGCAGAUUCCUGCAUAAAGUUGAGAGAGAAGUUCCUGUUUUCAAUCCAAUGAAAUACUUGUACCAAGGAUAUCCUCAUCUCAGAGAUCAUGUUCAUCACAAUCUGGAGACAUGUUGGUGCUUUGAUACACGAAAUCUUGUGCAGAAUCACAAGAGAGAAGCUAAGUAUGACUCACCAGUGUUUGAGGUCAGAUCGCAGAAUAAAUUUCCUUAUCAGCCGUCAUGAUUCUACCUUCAAAAAUUUCAAGUCAUUCUGUACUAAAUACACAUGUUCAUUGUGGAUUUGUAUGAGCUAUGAUACUGCUUAGAUUCUCUUUAUGUUGUAGCUAUAAAAAAAAGUAGGUGUUGAUGCUACCACAUAAUAUAAU